GGAAGUGGUUGGCCAGAGAGGGGAGGGCGCGAAGGUCAGAGGUCAAUACCCUUCUUUUCGGCGCAGAGAUACUGAAACUGGAGGGAGAUUCAAAAUGGGGUGGGCAAGAGUGAAAGAAAGAUGACACAGGGGGCGGAGCAUGGCCGGGAUUGGCUGGCUCUGCAGAAGGAGCUGCAGAAUUCAUUGGAUGCUCAGAAGAGGCAGGCUGUGUUGGUGGAGAAACUUCAGGCCAAGGUGAUACAGUACAGGAAUCGUUACCAAGAGCUGCAGCAGAGUCAGGAAUGGAGCCUGGACCACGGUGAGACAGAGUUGGAGAGGGCUUUGCAGAAGCUGGAGGAGGAACAGCAGAGGUGUGAGAACCUGGCUGCUGUGAAUGCUCUGCUCAGGGAGGACCUUGGCCACACACAGGAAGCCAAUAAGGUGCUCUGCAAUGAUAUGCACAAACUGACUGCUGACUGGACCAGCGCUCUGCAGGAACUGAAACACAAGGAGAAUGACUGGGAACAAGAGAGAGAGCAUUAUAACAGCCUUAUGAAAGGAGAGCACUCUCGCCUUCUGCGCAUUUGGACUGAAGUUGUGACUUUUCGGCGCCAUUUUCGUGAACUCAAAUCUGCAACUGAAAGAGACUUAUCAUCGGUACGUGCUGAUUGGUCAAGAUGCCUGUGUCUCAUACAGUCUUGCUGCUCCUCCCUAAAGUCGUACAAGAUCCAUGGACUGCCGGUUUUACCAUCACCCGAACCACCGGCAUACCUUCUUUUGACUUGGGACCAUGGAGUUGGGUCAGGUGACCAAGACGAGGCCCCAGCAGAGCAGGGGAUGGAGUCGAAUGUUACAAACGCCACACAUGAUAUGGAAUUAAUGAAGUCCUUAAAUGAAUCCUUCAAACAGGAAAUUCUGUCCAGCCGUCUGCUGCUUGAGACCUCAGGACAGACAUUAGAGUCAAUGAGGUCUCAGUUAGAGAUAUCAGAAAAUAACGUCAUUCUGAUACAAUCACAUGUUGAGGCAUUGGAAGCGGAAGUCAUAUCAGUAAGAUCGCAGUUAGAGACAGCUCAAAGAGAAAUAACUUUGCUCAGGUCACAAAAAGAGACAUCACAAAAUGAAGUCUUUAGCAUUAGGUCAAAACAUGAGACAGCAAAAGAGGAAAGUAGGUCAGUGCAUGCACAAUUAGAGACAACAAGAGAGGAAUUAAGGUCAAUGAGGUCUCAAGUGGAGACAGCUGAUGAGGUGGAACGAUCCCUAAGAUCACAAGUAGCCACAUUGGAGCAGGAUAUAAGAAGCACAAGGUUGCAGUUGGAGACAUCUAAAGAGGACACACAGUCAAUGACGUCCCGGCUAGAGGCCCAAAAAGAAGAGGCGGCCAUUCUGAGAUCGCAGUUGGAAGCGGAAGAGGAAACAUCACAACUAAAACUGAAAGCUUCGGAACAGGAAAUCAAAGCUCUGAGGCAGCAAAUUCAAAUGUCGGAGGCGGAGUUAAGUUUUGUGAGGUCAGAGCUGGCAGGAUCCACGCUCGAAGCAGAGUCGUUAAAAUCGCGCCUGGAGACCUACGAGAUGGAGGCAAAGUCACGGCUGGAGGAUAAGAAGCAAGAGUUACGAAUCAGUCAGAGAAUGCAGCAGUCUUUGGAAGUUCUUGAGUGUGAGCGUUCCGCUGCGCACCAGGAGCUGAUACAGUGCCGGGAGGAUCUGCUGCGCUCACAGCUAGAAGGAGAAUUGUGUCGGGAAGAGUGUAAGGGCCUUCGCAGUGCUCUCAGUGAGGUAGAAAGAAAGAAUGUUGAGCUAGCCAUGGCUCAGAGCAAGCACAAAGCAGAAGUAGAUCAUCUUCAAGAUGCGGUCAGCAAGAUGGGAGACUUGAACCGGGCUCUGUCACUGGAUAAAGUGCAAUUAAACAACCUCAUUCUUCAGAUGGAGAGAGAGGUGGCAUCUCUUAGAGAGCGACUGCAGGAGUCGGAGAAAGAGCUUGCACUGGCACGAGAGCAGCUUCAUUCAGAGCUAAGUGCAGAGAUUGCCAAGAGACAACAUCAAGCGCAAGAAAGUGAAGGGGCAAAGGAGAGUCUAGAAGCUGAGCUUGCAGAUGUCAUGGGGGAAAGAGAGAGACUACAGGCUGAGCUCACACAGGUCAUAAGCCAGUUGGAAGAAGAGAAAUGCAGGUGGUGCCAGGAUACGGAGACCUUGCAGCGGGAGCAAUCUACUGUUACUGUACAGCUGGAAGUAAUGGAAAGAGAGUGCCGGGACCUGAGGGAGAAGCUGAAAAACACAGAAUCCAUGAAGCAGUCUCUUGAGAGUUCAUUGUUUGCCUCCCAGGACAGAGCCUCCCAGCUUGACAUCUCCUGCAGCCAGCUGAAGAUGGAGUUUCUGGCAGUGGUGCAGUCUAAAGAGACAAUCCAAGAUGAGGUGUCCAUAUUGUAUACUGAGAGAGAGACAUCAGAGCGGAACCUGCUGGCGCUGUCCCAGAGACUGUCUGACACGGAGCAGGAGUUGCAGGAAGAGAGAGCACAGAGACUGGCCCUUGAAAAUGCUAAGAAUGAAUUAGAAAUCGUGGCAGAUAAUCUGAAUGUGGAAAGAUCCCAAAGACAAGCGGCGGAGAGGCAAGCAGAGAGAGAAAGGGACGUUCAGAGAACUCUGCAAGGGUCGCUGGGAAAAGAGCAAGAAAUGGCUGGGAAUCUUCGUCAGCAACUUGAAGCAGCAACUGCCUCUCUCAAACUGCUUGAGACAGAGGUCUCAGAUCUCACACACAGUCUGCAAGACAGCCAAACCGAGAAAGAGACUGCUCUGUACAACCUAGAGCACCAGACUCUAAUGAAACAAGAGCUGAGUCGUGAAAUUGAGAUCUUAAAACAGGCCAACAGGAGCUGCCAGGAAGAGAAAGAAAGCGCCCUGGCAAUCACACAGCGCAAUGCUCGCACUAUAGAGGAGAAGGACAAGCAAAUUGUAGAGCUGAGAGAGACUGUCCAAGUGUGCAGUGAGGCGAAGGAGACAGCUUUAACUUCUCUAGCACAACUAAACCUGACUGUACAGGAGCGAGAGCGUGAAAUUAGGUCUUUGAAAGAAAAUAUUCAGAGGGCCCAGCAGGAAAAUGAAGCUGCUGGUAAUGCAUUAGAGCAUUAUAGAAAGGUCACCAGUGAAACUGAUUCCCAAGUGGCCACUCUAACAGAGCAGAUCAGAGAGUGCGAGAAAGAUAGGGAGACUGCUAUGAAAGCAGAGGAGAGCAGUCGCAUUACUUUGAGCGAGAAGGGCAGAGAAAUCAGUAAAAUGAAAGAGGCCGAAAAAGAGCAUCAGUUUAAAAUGGAGAAUGCCUUGAAGGAGAUAGAGUCUCAAACCAUCAUCUUACGAGAAAAAGACACUUUUCUUGAGACAUUAAAACAGAGGUUGAAGGAGUGUGAGGAGGAAAAAACAAGUGCUCUUAACUCUGUGCAUAACCAGAUUCUAGCUCUAGAGGGAAGAGACCAAGAGAUCAGGCAUUUAAAAGAGGCAGCUCGGGAGAGGGAGAUAGCCCUUUGCACUUUAGAUAUCCAAAGCCAGACCAUCGAAGACAGGAAUAAGGAAGUGGCGACACUGAAAGAGGCUCUGCAAAAGUGCCAGGAGGAAAAAGAGGCUGCUCUUGGUUUUCUUGGGUCCCAAAAUAUACAUUUGGCAGAGAGAGACAGUGAGAUUCAAUUACAGAAAGAGACAAUUCGGAGUCUGCAGAAAGAAAAAGAAGAAGCACUCCUAAUUCGGGAGAAAAAGAGCAAUGCUCUAGAGGAGAAAGAAGACCAACUGACAUCCUUGCAGGAGAUCAUGAAUGAAUUGCAGAGACAAAAAGAGAGUACGUUACUUCAGCAUAUGUUAAUUGUUGAGGAGAGAGAGAGAGACAUCAAAAUACUGCAAGAAAGCGUACAGAGGGAGAAGGAUAUGGUGAAACACAUAAGUGAUCAGUGGGAAUCCCAAAGAGAAUCAUCUGAGAGACAAAAAGAGAGUACGUUAAUUCAGCAUAGGUUAAUUGUAGAGGAGAGAGAGAGAGAUAUCAAGAUACUGCAAGAGAGCGUACAGAGGGAGAGGGAUAUGGUGAAACACAUAAGUGAUCAGUGGGAAUCCCAAAGAGAAUCAGCUGAGAGACAAAAAGAGAGUACGUUAAUUCAGCAUAGGUUAAUUGUAGAGGAGAGAGAGAGAGACAUCAAGAUACUGCAAGAGAGCGUACAGAGGGAGAAGGAUUUGGUGAAACACAUCAGUGAUCAGUGGGAAUCCCAAAGAGAAUCAGCUGAGAGACAAAAAGAGACAGAACUGAAGGGUCUUCUAGAUAAAAUUUCAGAGCUUUCCCAGGCUUUAAGUAAGAAAGAACGAGAAGCAGAACUCCUGGAGAGACAGACUAAAAGGGACAGUGACCUUCUUCAAGAGCAAUUAGAUUCCCUUACCCAGCAUUUAGAAGAGAAAGAGAUAGCACAUAAAAAGAAUAGUGAACUUCAGAGGGAGAAUAUGGCUCUAGAGCAAAAAGUAUCGGAACUCACCCAAGCUGAGGAGCACAGAGAAAAAGACAUCAAGUUCCUACAAGAAAGACUAAAGGAACUUUCUCAGACAUUGACAGAGAAUGAAAUUGGAACCGAACGCAUAAAACAACAUGCUGAGAAAGACACUAGUGCACUGAAGGUUAGGGUAUCGGAGCUCUCGGCGGCUCUCACAAUGAGAGAUACAAUAGAGUUGGAAACUUUAGAGCAGAUAAAAUCUUUAAAAAGAGAAAUAGAAUCUUGUGAAAUGGCCUUGAGUGAUAAAGAAAAACGUGCAGAGGAUGAGAGAAGACAGAGUGAGAAAGAGAUCAGCUCUCUCAGACAGAGGGUGACGGAGCUUUCUGAAGCCAUAAUGAGCAAAGAAAUACAACAGGAGGAGAGAGAAAUAGAGGUACGAGCACUGAAAGGGAGACUAGAAGAGCUUGAACAUGCCCUGGAAGAGAGUGCAGAGAAAUCAAGGGUUGAGAGGCAAAUGUUCCAUAAUCUCAUAACAGACCAUUCCUGGGCUUUACUUGGAGAAGUACCUGAGGGCAGUAGAGAAGGGGAUACUCUGAUACAGAGAGCUGAGUUGUUUGGAAAAGCCCUCAAAGAGAAAGAGAGGCGGCAUAUGGACGAUCACAGAGAGAAAGAAAUGCUCCGGCAAAGAGUAAAUGAACUCUCACAGGAUAUCAUUAAUAAAGAGAGAGAUGCAGAAGAGGAGCUGAAGGCUCUGAGAAGGAAGACUGUGGAACUCAGGCAAACUCUUAUAGAAAAGGAGGAAGAUAAAGCAGAGGAGCAAAGGCGAAGUGAGAACGAGAAGGAGGCCCUGCGACACAAAGCGACAGGCCUUUUACAGGCUCUGGAAGAGGAAAGGAUGGCAGCAGAAGUAAGACAAGGAGAGCUGGAUCACCUGAGAGUUGAUUUGAACAAGCUGAGACAGGCUCUGGCAGAAAAAGACAGCGAGUUAAGAGAGGAAGGGAAACAGCAUGAGAAACAGAUUUGUGCUCUUCAGCAAAAAAUAUUGGAACUCUCUGAAACACUAAUGACCAAAAACAUCCACAAAGAGGAGAUGGAAGGGCAAGUGAAAGCUCUGAAAGGAAGAUUGGAAAUAACUAGCCAGGCCCUUUUAGAGAAGGAGAUUGAGACAGAGAAACAGGAGAAAGAGAGACAAACGCUAGAUAAGCUGAUUUCAGAACUUUCCCAGGCUGUGAUUGAGGAGGUUCCUGAGGAUUCUGAAGGCAAAGAUCUAACUGAGAGACUUGGGAAAGCUGUCAGAGAGAAUACAAAGCAGUUGGAAGUAGAUAGGUCAGAAAUAGGAACUCUGAGACGACAAGUAAAAGACCUUUCUCUGGCCCUAUUACAGAAGGACAGAGAGGGAGAAACACUACAAGAGGAAAUGGCAGCUGUGAGAAGGAAGAGAGAAGAACUCGGACAAGCCCUAAGGGAUAAAGAGCAAGAGAAAUGUGAAGCAGAUACACAGAAAGAGAAAGAAAAUGAGUCUCUAAGUAAGAAAGUAAAAGAUCUGUCGCAGGCGUUAUUGGAGAAGGAAAGAGAGGCAGACAUUUUGCAAGACGAAGUGACAGCCCUGAGAAGGAAGGGAGAAGAACUCAAACAAACCCUGAGAGAUAAAGAGCAAGACAAAAUAGAAAAGGAAGUACAGAAUGAGAAAGAAAGGGAGGCUCUGAGUCUGAAAGUAGAACACCUCUCACAGGCUUUAUUAGAGAAGGAAAGAGAGGCAGACACAUUGCAAGAAGAAGUUGCAGCCCUGAGAAGGAAGGGAGAAGAACUCAAACAAACCCUGAAAAAUAAAGAGCAAGAACAUAUAGAAAAGGAAGUACAGAAUGAGAAGGAAAAGGAGGCUCUGAGUCAGAAAGUAGAACACCUCUCACAGGCUUUAUUAGAGAAGGAAAGUGAAGUUGAAUUAACAAAAGGAAAGAGGGAAGAUCUUACUAUUCAGAUACGAGAUCUCAGACAAUUUCAGUUAGAAAACGAAAAAGAAAUAAAAGAAGAGGAGAGACAGAGUAGGAAAGAGAUAAAAGCUUUAAGGUUAAAAGUUACAGAACUCUCUGAAACUCUAAUAAACAAAACUCUCCAGGAAGAAGAGAAGCAAUUGGAAGUCAAAUCUCUGAAAGGAAGGUUGGAAAUGUUUGAAAAUGCCCUUUUGGAGAAAGAAAAGGAGAGGAUGGAGAAAGAAGUUCUAAAGAACCAGAUUUCUGAGCUUUUCCUGUCCCUGGAUGAGAGAAUAAUUGAGGGUGAAGACAAAGACUUGACAGACAAACUUGAUUUACUUGGGAAGACUUUGAAACUGAAGGUAAAAGAGUGUGAAGAAGAGAAGAAGGAAAGGAAAAAACUAAACCAGAAAGUGUCGGAACUUUCACAGGCUUUGUUAGAGAAGCAGAGAAACUCUGAAAUGAUAGAACAGGAGAUGAACACUUUGAGAGAAAAGAUAGGAGAAUCUGGAAAGGCCCUCAUAGAAAAGGAGCAAGAGAAAGCAGAGGCAAGACAAAGUGUGAAAGAAAAGGAAACUCUGAGACAGAAAGUGGCCGAGCUUUCACAGGCAUUGUUAGAGAAGCAGAGAAACUCUGAAAUGAUAGAACAGGAGAUGAACUCUUUGAGAGAGAAGAUAGGAGAAACUGGAAAGGCCCUCAUAGAAAAGGAGCAAGAGAAAGCAGCGGAGGGCAGACAAAGUGUGAAAGAAAGUGAGACUCUGAGACAGAAAGUGGCCGAGCUUUCACAGGCUUUGCUGCAGAAGGAGAGGGAUGUUGGACAAGAGCUGGUGAGCCUAAGGGAGAAGAUAGGAGAACUUGCACAAAAUCUUGUUAAAAAGGAAAAAGAGAUAAAAGAAGGAGAGCAAGAGAAAGAAGAAGUGAAAUUAAAGCUAACAUCACUUUGUCAGUCUCUGAAAGAGAAGGAAACAGAAGUGGAGUUGACAGGAACAGAGCUGAAAGCUACAAGAGAGAAGGUAGGAGAACUCAGACUGGUCCUGAUUAAUAAGGAAAGGGAGUUAAACGAGGAACAAAGACAAAGUGAACGCGAGAAAGAAGAACUGAAGCAGAGGGUGGAAUCACUUUCCCAGGCUCUGGUGGAAAAGGAUAGAGAUGCAGAGUUAGCUGGUUUUGAUAUGAAAGGUCUGAAAGAGAAGAUAGAACAACUUUGGCAAGCUCUAAUAGAAAAGGAGGAGGAGGUGAAAGAAGGAGCAAAACAAAGUAAAAUUGAAGUGGAAGCUCUGAGAAACCAGUUAGUGCAACUUGAACUUGCCCAGGCACAGGAAAUGCAGGAGAAAGGGGAUUUACAGGAUGAGAAAGACAGGCACGCGGUAGGUAGAACGCUGACGGAACUUCCCAAGACUCCAGAUGAAAAACAGAGAAGAAAGACAGAAAGUGCUGUCCUUGAGGGUAAUAUAGCACAACUUGCACACACUCUGACUCAGAAAGAGCAGCAGAUAAGUGAUAGUGAGAAAGAAAGAAUGGCUUUGGGAGAGAGGAUCAUAGAAAUAUCCCGAGAUUUGAAAAGGAGAGAAGUAAAACAAAUCAAAGAAGAAGAAGAAAGUGUUUCACUGCUGAGGAAACUACUAGAACUGUUUAGGGUUCUACAAGGGGACAAAGAAACAAAGCAGAAUGAAUUAUUAAGGAGUGAGAUAACAGAACUUUCCCUGGUUCUGGAAAAAAAGAGUAGUGGAACUUUUGAAAGACAGGCAGAAAAUAGAGUUCUCGGGGAAGAUUUAGAGAAACUUGGUCAGUCAUUGAUAUCUCAUGAAAGAGACUCAAACAAAGAGAGUGGAUCUUUAGGAACAACUAAGUUGGACAUUGAGAUAAGAGACAAGAGAAACCACCAAGAAGUGGAUAAAGGGAAGCCAAGAAAGGAGCAGGAACGAGGGAGACACAGGUCAAUAAACAGGGUUGGUGCAGAAAUGGAGGAAAGCGGUACCUAUCGUAGAGAAUGGGAGAGCCUGGGAGAUUUGCAGCAGAAGAUCGAGACCCUUCAGAAAGAAAACAAGGAGGGAAAGCAGAGGGAGGAACGGCUGAAACACAGGCUCAGGAGAACAGAAAUGGCACUGAGACACACAGAGUCAGAGGAGAUUGCCUGGAGGGAAAAAGCACGGGAACUGGAAUCCAAAUACAGGGCCAAACAGCUCCAUACCCCGGCCGCUGCUCGGGGCAGUUUACAGGAAAGACUGGAAGUUCUACAAGGGGCAGUUGCAAGACUGGAGAAUGAGAAAACCGCGCUGGAAAUCCAAACCCUGCAGCUGAGCCAGACCCUGCAAAGAGUGGAGAGCGAGAGGAGAAAUCUCCGCAGGGAAGUGCGCAGUCUGACCAUGAUGUCCCCUCAGAGCUCGGUGGUCAUCCAGCCACUGCAGGAUCUAGGGGGCGCUACAUCAACACUAAGCUUGUUAGACUUGCAGAAACAGGUGUCCCUGUUAAAGUCACAGCUGCAGGCGGAACAAGAACUGCGCUCACAAUAUAUACAUCGCUGCUCUCGGACCAAUGAUGACAUUAUGAACCUACGCAACGAUCUUACGGAAUCACUGGCCGCUGUGGCUAGUGAUCCCCGGCCAGAAAUCCUGGAGAGAGAAACCGUCCGACUGGAUGAUACCCUGAACCACAGUCUUGCCCUUCCCUCUGCCUGACUGGGCCCCUGUGUCUGUGGGAAAGAACUAGAUGUGUUAGUGUAACUGCGUUGCUGUACAGAGAAGGGCAGUUUGUUACUGCGCCACAGCGGUGUAUUGGUUACGGUUCCAGAGAGGCGCGUGGCACAGUGAUUGGUUUAUUUGGUGCAGUGAUAAAGGAGUAUUGUGUUACAGAGACAUGAUAUAGUGCAAAACAUCAGCAAUCUAGUUGCUAUAGUAACUGCCCCCUAUCUAUCUUAGUUACAUGUGUGAAUGCUGCGCAGGGGGCAGAGCUACAUGUGUGAAUGUUGUGCAGGGGCAGAGCUAUAUGUGUGAAUGUUGUGCAGGGGCAGAGCUACAUGUGUGAAUGCUGCGCGGGGGCAGAGCUCCAUGUGUGAAUGCUGUGCGGGGGCAGAGCUACAUGUGUGAAUGCUGCGCGGGGGCAGAGCUACAUGUGUGAAUGCUGUGCGGGGGCAGAGCUACAUGUGUGAAUGCUGUGCGGGGGCAGAGCUACAUGUGUGAAUGCUGCGCGGGGGCAGAGCUACAUGUGUGAAUGCUGUGCGGGGGCAGAGCUACAUGUGUGAAUGUUGUGCGGGGGCAGAGCUACAUGUGUGAAUGCUGUGCGGGGGCAGAGCUACAUGUGUGAAUGCUGCGCGGGGGCAGAGCUACAUGUGUGAAUGCUGCGCGGGGGCAGAGCUACAUGUGUGAAUGCUGCGCGGGGGCAGAGCUACAUGUGUGAAUGCUGUGCGGGGGCAGAGCUACAUGUGUGAAUGCUGCGCGGGCAGAGCUACAUGUGUGAAUGCUGGCGGGGGCAGAGCUCCAUGUGUGAAUGCUGUGCGGGGGCAGAGCUACAUGUGUGAAUGCUGCGCGGGGCAGAGCUCCAUGUGUGAAUGCUGUGCGGG